UGAUUUAGUUUAUACAUACAUAUAUAUAAUUGUUAUUGCUAUUAUGUAGUUUAAUUUAGUGUGAUAAGACUUGAAAUUAUCAUUAUAAAAAUUCACCUUCAGCUGGCAGCAUGUCGCAAACCCAAAAGGAACUCAAAUUGAAGCAUCUUUUCGAUGGCGGCGCUUGGAAUGUAUACGAUCCGAAUGUCUUAAAUCUGGGCGUAGGAGCUCCAGGCACUGAUCUUCUCGAGCCAUGCUGUGACAUAUUCCAUCAGGCCACGGCACAUUGUCUGGAGCGCGAAAAGUCAACAAAUCAAUCGCUGAUCUUUCAGUAUGGACCCAAAAGUGGCAACUAUGAAGUACGCCGUGAGAUAGCCAAUUAUUUUAGUUCACAGUACGAUAUGCCCAUGAAGAGUGAGGAUUUGAUUAUCACAACGGGAGCCACGCAAGGUCUACAUUUUCUGAUAUCCACACUAAUUGAUUUUAAGGGUUAUAUAUUUGUGGAUGAAUUUACGUAUAUGAUUGCUUUAGAUAGCAUGAAGGAAUUCACUAGCUUGACUCUGGUGCCAAUUAAAUUAAAUGAUGAUGGUGUCGAUCUGCAUGAUCUCGAAGAGCAGGUGGCAAAAUCGGUAUUUAAAUCCAAUGAGAAAGAAUUCUGGGGCAUCUAUUAUACCAUACCCACCUAUCAUAAUCCUACGGGUAUUCUCUUUUCGCCAGCUGUUUGCCGUGGCAUUGUCGACUUGGCACGCAAGUAUGACUUUUUGGUGGUAUGUGACGAUGUCUACAAUAUAUUACACUAUGGCGAGAAACCUCAACAUGCCCGUUUGCUAUCCUACGAUGUUUGUUCCGAUGCAAAUUACAAGGGUAAUGUCAUCUCCAAUGGCAGUUUCUCAAAGAUCAUUGGGCCGGGCGUACGUUUGGGCUGGCUAGAGGUUCCGGCACGUCUAAAACCCCAUCUGCUGCAAAAUGGCUUGAUACAAAGUGGUGGUUGCUUCAAUAACUACACAGCCGGCAUAGUUGGUAGCUUAUUUGAAUUGAAUUUGGCUCAAGAGCAUAUUAAACGUCUCUAUGAAGCCUACAAAGAGCGCAUGUUGGCCACCAUUGAGUUACUGAAAUCGGAACUACCCGCCGAUUGUAAAAUGCUGAAGCCCAGCGGUGGAUAUUUCAUUUGGAUACGUUUACCCGAACCAUUGGAUGCGAGUGAAUUUCUUCAGUAUUGUUUAGAGCAUGAGAAAAUUGCAUUUAUUGCUGGUGCUAGAUUUGCUUUGGCAAAUGAUAUGGGUAAGCAAUACUUUCGACUCUCCAUUGCCUUUCAUGGCAAGCAAAAGCUACAGGAUGGGGUCAGACGUCUUUGUCGUGCUUUAAACGACUAUAGAAAAACUAUAAAAGCUUAGUUUUUAGUACAUAAAUUUUAUGGCAAUAUACAAACGUUUAUUACGCUUCUCUA